AUGCACAAACGGCAGCUUGUCUCUGGUCUUCCCAGGGUGCUCCCUCCCCUCCCACCCUCGCCUGCUCCUCCCUGUCUUCCCUGUGUCGAGGGGCGGCAGCGCGCCGCUCCUCACUCCUCCUCCUUUCCCCCGACGACUGCUCCCCUGCAGACGCUCCACCUGGACGUGUGGGGCCCAGCCCGCGUCCGUGGACAGGGUCAGGAGAGGUACUUCCUGAUUGUUGUUGACGACUACUCUCGCUACACCACGGUCUUCCCCUUGCGCACCAAGGGUGAGGUCCCUGAUGUCUUGAUCCCUUGGAUCAGCAGAGCUCGUCUCCAGCUCAGCAAGCGUUUCCGCUCGGACUUUCCUGUCCUGCGUUUGCACUCUGACAGAGGUGGUGAGUUCACCUCCGACCUUCUGGCAGCCUACUGUGCCGAGCACGGCAUUGAGCAGUCGUUCACGCUUCCGGCCUCUCCACAGCAGAAUGGGGUUGCUGAGCGCCGCAUUGGCUUGGUCAUGGAGGUCGCUCGUACCUCCCUGAUCCAUGCGGCUGCUCCCCAUUUUCUGUGGCCGUUUGCGGUCCGAUACGCUGCGCAUCAGCUCAACCUCUGGCCCCGUGUCUCUUUGCCGGAGACUUCCCCGACACUGCGUUGGACGGGAGAGGUUGGCGAUGCGUCGCGUUUCCGGGUCUGGGGAUCCCGAGCUUUUGUUCGCGACACGUCCGCGGACAAGCUCUCCCGUCGCGCUGUUCCUUGUGUCUUCCUUGGCUUUGUCCCGGACGCCCCUGGUUGGCAGUUUUACCACGUCACCUCGCGCCGGGUUCUGCCCUCUCAGGACGUCACUUUUGACGAGUCCGUCCCCUACUACCGCCUCUUCCCCUACCGCACUGCCCCGCUCCCUCCCCCGCCUCUCUUCCUCGCGCCAGGUGCUGCUGUGGUAGACCCCCUCCCCCCUCAGGGUGCCGCUCCCUCAGGUGUGUCCCAGGUAGACCCGGUUGAGCCUGUCGAGGUCGCUGUCGACUCUCGUCCUGCUAGGGGUGCUGCACCUGCGAGUGAGGAGCCUGGCGGUGCUGAGUCUGGGGGUGCGGAGCCUGGGGGUGCUGAGCCUGGGGGUACUGAGUCUGGGGGUGCGGAGCCUGGGGGUGCAGACCUUGGAGGUGCGGAGCCUGGGGGUGCUGAGCCUGGAGGUGCUGAGUCUGGGGGUGCUGAGCCUGAGAGUGCCACACCUGGAGGAGCCCUCUCCUCGCAGCAGCUGCAGGAGAGGUACCUACAGUACUGCGACCUCCGGAGAGGUGCUGCUGGAGCGGGUACCAGUGCUUCCCCUCCUACCCGGGAGCUCCCCUCCCUUCAGCAGAUCCGAGAGUGGUACACACGGCGCUGCAGCCUUCGGAGUGGCGCUCCUGGUGCUGCGGACCCUGGAGUUGGAGCUGCUGCUGGUGCUGAGGACCCGGGCGGUGGAGCUGCUGCUGGUGCGGAGGACCCGGCCGGUGGAGCUGCUGCUGGUGCUACGGACCCUGGAGUUGGAGCUACUGCUGGUGCUGAGGACCCGAGCGGUGGAGCUACUGCUGGUGCUGAGGACCCGAGCGGUGGAGCUGCUGCUGGCGCUGAGGACCCGAGGGGUGGAGCUGCUGCUGGUGCUGAGGACCCGGGCAGUGGAGCUGCUGCUGGUGCUGAGGACCCGGGCGGUGGAGCUACUGCUGGUGCUGAGGACCCUGGCGCUGGUGUCUCUGCUGGUUCUGGAGACGCUGCGCGGCCGCGACCGUACUUCGUACCACUCCUUCAGCAGGUUCUUGGUCAGGCUCCUCCUCCUUGUCCUGCUCCCUCCUUAGAGUGUCCUCCGCCUGUCCAGUCGCAGUCCCAGUUACCGCCUGCCUCGCCUCUCCCUGCUCCCUCUCCUUACACUGGUCCCACAGGAGGUCUUACGGAGCGUCGUGAGCCUGAGUCUCGUCCUGCGUCGCCUGUUUGUACUGCUCGCACUGGUCGUCGUGUCCCACGUGAGCGUCCUCCUCCUGUCCCUGGCACUCACUACAUGACCCUGCGUCCCUCCACUGCUCCUCAGCGUGUCCCUCUACCGUCUCCUCCUGCGUCCUCUCUACCUACUCUUCCUGACUCGGAGUCUGACUCCCGUCGUGCUGCCAGUCCCACUGUCACGCGUCUCCUCGCCACUGUUGUCACUGACCCUACCUUUGAGUCCUCUGCUGCGUCUGCUCUGGUCGCUGAGUUGGUUGACUUUGCUGCCCGGUGUCGUCUAGACUACGCCGCUAGCCUUGUUGCUGAGUCUGAGUCUGUCUGUCCUCCGUCCGUCGGGGGUGAGUGUGCUCUUGGUACGGACGUCCUUGAGGACAGACAGGAGGAGUUCCAGUGCUUUGCUGCUGCUUUGCCCCAUCUCGUGUCCAUGCUAGUUGCCCCUGAGGGAGACCCGGAUGCACCAGACAUCCCGACCCCGCGCUCUUACGCAGAGGCGAUGGCGGGUCCCUACUCCUCUCAGUGGCAGACAGCCAUGGACGCAGAGAUGGCUUCCUGGAAGUCCACAGGCACCUACGUCGACGAGGUUCCCCCACCUGGGGCGAACAUCGUCAGUGGCAUGUGGAUUUUCAGGGUGAAGCGGCCGCCGGGUUCUCCUCCUGUCUUCAAGGCGCGCUACGUUGCUCGAGGCUUCAGUCAGCGAGAGGGAGUAGACUUCUUCCAGACCUUCUCCCCCACCCCGAAGAUGACUACUCUUCGAGUGCUGCUGCACAUAGCCGCUCAGCGCGACUACGAGCUUCACUCACUUGACUUCAGCACAGCUUUCUUGCAGGGCAGCCUGCACGAGGAGAUCUGGCUGCGCCACCCUCCUGGCUUCACUGGGUCGGUUCCUCCUGGCACCCAGUGGAGGCUCCAGCGACCGGUCUACGGUCUCCGCCAGGCGCCGCGUGAGUGGCACGACACACUGAGGACUACACUUGCGGCUCUUGGGUUCGCUCCUUCUACUGCUGACCCGUCGCUGUUUCUACGCACCGACACCUCGCUGCCGCCAUUCUACAUCCUCGUGUACGUCGACGACUUGGUCUUUGCCACUGCUGACACUGCGGCACUCGCCCACAUGAAGUCGGAGCUGCAGAAGAGACACACGUGCACAGACCUGGGUGAACUGACAAGCUAUCUUGGCUUGCGGAUCACCCGGGACAGAGCACGGCGCACCAUUACCUUGACUCAGUCACACAUGGUGCAGCAGAUCCUUCAGCGCUUCUGCUUCACGUACUCCUCGCCACAGUCCACUCCUCUGCCUACAGGUCACUCGCUCUUAGCUCUGCCUUCGGAUGAGUCCGUAGAGCCGAGUGGCCCGUAUCCAGAGCUUGUGGGCUGCCUCAUGUACCUGAUGACCUGCACUCGACCUGACCUUGCAUACCCUCUUAGCAUCCUUGCACGCUAUGUCGCUCCUGGCCGUCACAGGAAGGAGCACAUGGAUGCUGCUAAGAGGGUGUUGCGCUACUUGUGCAGUACGUCGGGCAUGGGGCUAGUGCUUGGAGGGCGAGACCGAGUUGUACUCACUGGUCACUCAGACGCUUCUUGGGCGGACGACCAGGCUACUCAGCGGUCGUCUCAGGGUUACACCUUCAGCCUUGGCUCCGGCUCAGUUUCUUGGCGUUCCACACGCUCUUCUUCUGUUCUCAGCUCCAGUUGUGAGGCUGAGAUCUACGCCACAGCCAUGGCGGCCUAG